AUGGCCUCCUCACCACCCAACCCCUCGCCACCAGACGCCGGCACAUCAGGCGACGAUGAAGAAACAGCAGACUUGCCGAUGACCAUGGCCGCCUCGGUGAUUCUGGAACAUCUACCUAAGGACGCACAUGCGGCGUUGGAAACGGCGGGUGAGGUCCGCGGGGCGGAUGGGCAGGUGAAGGGGAAAGUCAAAGUCCGCCUCUCCCCCCUCCCCUCGACCCGCGCCCUCAAACCCCCGGUCUUCAACUGCGGUACCGGACAGCGGUUUGAGUAUAUCGUGCGAUUCCUCCGACGACGGCUGGGACUGAAGGACCAUGAGGGGGUUUUCUGUUAUGUGAAUUCGGUGUUUGCUCCUGGGUUGGAUGAGGGGGUUGGGAAUUUGUGGCGGGCGAGUUGA